ACUAUUGGAGAGUAAGCUUUUUUGAUACCGAUCGCCUAUAAAAGCGAGUGUCCAUUCGUUUAUUUCAUCUGCUUCAUCCGAAGGCGGCUGUUUAAUUUUUCGUUAAAGUGCCAACUGGUUUUAUUUGUACUAAACGCCCCAAAAAAAUGUGGUUCUUUGUGUUAGCUGUAUUGGCAUUACCGCUGCUCGUCUUCGUGUACUUUGAACUUAAGACCUCGCAGCACCGUCGCAAGCUUAAGAAGUUCCCAGGACCUACGCCAGUGCCUGUCCUGGGAAAUGCCAACCGUAUUGGAAAGACGCCAGCGGAAAUUCUUGCCACGUUUUUCGACUGGUGGUAUGAUUACAACAAAGAUAAUUUCCUCUUCUGGAUUGGGUAUAAUCCUCAUCUCCUAGUGACUGAUCCCAAGUAUCUGGAGUAUAUUCUGAAUAGUCAAGAGUUGAUCCAAAAGUCCACCAUUUACAACCUGCUUCGUCCUUGGCUGGGAUCUGGUCUCCUUACGAGCUAUGGUAGCAAGUGGCAUAAGCACCGCAAAAUGAUCACUCCCUCGUUCCACUUCAAUAUCCUGCAGGACUUCCACCAAGUCAUGAAUGAGAACUCUACCAAGUUCAUUACACAUCUGAGGGAAGCAGCGGCAGGGGACAGUAUCCUUGACUUUCAGGAAUAUGCCAAUUAUCUCACCCUGGAUGUGAUCUGCGAUACAGCAAUGGGUGUUCGCAUUAAUGCCAUGGAAGAGAAUGAUUCUAGUAUUGUCCAGGCAUUUAGACAAAUGUGCUAUAUCUUAAACAUGAGAGCUUUCCAUCCCUUCAAGCGUUCUCACAAGAUCUACAGUUGGCUACCCGAGUUUGCUCACUUCCAGCGCACUUUAAAGACUUUGCAGGACUUUACCUAUGACAUCAUUGAGAAGCGGGUGACAGCUCUCGAAAAUGGAAUUUCCAAGAAGGCCGAAGAAGAUCCUUCAAUGCCCAAGAAGAAGUUGGCCUUCCUGGACGCACUUCUAUCAUCGACGGUGGAUGGUCGUCCCUUAACUAAGACGGAGAUUUAUGAGGAGGUCUCGACUUUUAUGUUUGAAGGACAUGACACCACCACCUCGGGAGUAUCUUUCGGAGUGUAUCUGCUCUCUAGACAUCCCGAUAUUCAGCAAAAGUUAUACCAGGAGCAGAAGGAAGUAAUGGGCAACGAUAUGAACAAAGAUGCCAGUUUCCAGGAGAUUGCCCAGAUGAAGUACUUGGAUCUGUUUCUCAAGGAGGCCCAACGGGUGUAUCCUAGUGUUCCCUUUAUUGGCCGCUUUACUGAUAAGGACUACACCAUCAAUGGAACUAUUAUACCCAAGGGCACUACCAUUAAUAUUCCUAUUGUGCUUAUGGGCUAUAACGAUCGCAUAUUCAAAGAUCCUCACAAUUUUCGGCCAGAAAGAUUUUUGGAAGAGAAGCCCGGUCCUUUUGAGUAUGUCCCCUUCAGUGCCGGACCACGAAACUGUAUUGGUCAGAAGUUUGCCCUUUUGGAACUGAAGACUGUGAUCUCCAAAAUAAUUCGAUCCUUUGAGGUUCUCCCUGCUGUGGACGGCCUCUACUCAAAUGAUGGUCAACUUAACACCUAUCUUGGACUUUCACCUGGAGAAAAGUUAAAACGCGAGGGCGGCCGCCACAAGUACGAUCCCAUUCUCUCGGCAGUGUUGACAUUAAAGUCCGAUAAUGGAUUACAUUUGCGACUCAAGGAGAGGGUGUAAUGAUUAAAACAUAUACCAGAAAAAUAAAAUAUUUCAAUCAACCAUUUAAA